AUGGUCGUGAAAAGUGACGUAGCCCUCGCAUGCGCUGGAUCAUCUAUCUCCAUAGAAGUGAGGAAGGGCCAUAGACUAUACGACAACUACACUGCAUCUCAAUUGCCGCCGCCGACCGAGCUAGCUGCCGCAGCAGAGUCGCUUGCGAUCGCUCCGCAAGUCUCCGUCUCACCAGGUUCGCCAUGGCCUAUCGGGACCGCACAGCCCGUAGGAGACCCUCGGUCAUCUCUCGGCGCAUGCCCCGCCUACUCGAGCAGUCCUGCACCAUACAUCGGCGGCGAUGCGAAGCGAACACCGUCCGCAACGCGCGAAGUGGCGAAGAUUGUACGCGGCGCUCAAAUCGAUAUACCCACGACCUCACCAACCUACCACCUGUCUGAGCGUUUGGACCAACGCGCCUUGAGAAGACUCAUGGAAAUGUUCGAUACACGACGGUCCUACUCCCUAUCUUCGUCGCCGGACACCAUCCUUUCCCGGUCAACGUCUGUUGAUACAUGCUGGCCCUUACUCGGACAUCAUGGGACGGUUGGAAUACGGCUCGGCUCCUCAGCGUUGGUUGCUGGAGUCGCGCUUGAGACAACAAGCAGCGCCAAGCUUGCGAGGUCGCUCCCGACACGCUUCCGUGCAUGGGGCUUCGGCGGAACGGCGCAAGAUAACCAAAUUCCUGAGCAUUGCUUGCGGCCGUACACAGACAUCCCGACCCACCUGCACGGGCACUUCGCCACUCGCCGCCCUAUACUGCUCCAUGACGUCCGCGAACUGGAUGCGAGUCUCGUUCCCGGAAAUAUAGCUUGCAUUGCCGACGUGGACCAGAUACUGUUGGAGAUAUGGGGCCAACCCGAAGGCUCCUUCACAUGCAUCAAUAAGAUACAUCUGUAUGUGCAUGAGUACUGA